UCUGUCGAGUGUCGUUGUUCAAAAAAUUUUUUAGUCGGAUGGUCUGAAAAACUCACUGUUGGAGUUAGUUCUGAGAAAUAUAUAAGAAAUUUAGUUAUUUUUUUCAAUUUUGUUUUGAAAAUUUUAAUAUUUUUUUUUUUAAAUUGUUAUUUGAAACUCUCAAGAAAAAUUUUUCAACUAGAAUAAAAUGGCUUUAAAUCCGCAAUAUGAAGAAAUUGGAAAAGGAUUUGUUCAACAGUACUAUGCAAUUUUCGAUGACCCAAAUCAGCGACCAAAUUUAGUAAAUUUAUACAGCGCAAAUGACUCCUUUAUGACAUUUGAAGGUCAACAAUUACAAGGGGCGGUCAAAAUUAUGGAAAAAAUAACGAGUUUAUCAUUUCAAAAAAUAUCUAGAGUAUUGACUGCAGUUGAUUCCCAACCAACUUUUGAUGGAGGUGUUUUAAUAAAUGUUUUAGGUAGACUUCAAUGCGAUGAUGAUCCACCACAUGCUUUCUCACAAAUUUUCAUUUUAAAACCAUUAGGAGGAACAUUUUUUUGUGCUCAUGAUAUAUUCCGCUUAAAUAUUCAUGAUUCUGCAUGAAUACUAAAAAAAGAACAACAAAAUCUAUUUUUAACAAUAAUUUGAAGAACUAUAAAAAAACAGAAAGAACUCCUAACAACAUAAAAUUGCUGCACGAAAUUAAAUAUAAAAAAAAAACAUAUUGAAUUUUCCAAUAAAUAUGACUAAAAUUUUCGAAUUUUUUUUGAUUAUCAAACUUUUAUUGUUCGUCAAAACUUUUCAUAAAGAAGAAACUAAAAAAAUAAUUAACACUAAUAAAUUUAAAACUGAUAGAAUGUAGUUAAAAUGUUAUUAAAUUGAUGAAUAAGUUUUUUAAUUAAAAAAUAUGAUUUAAGAAAUUAAAAAAAGUAUAAAAUGUAUGAAACCCAUUUUUUUUAUUUUUUAUU